GACCGGGAGGGAUGCGGGGCUCUCUCACUCUCCCCCCACCCACCCUGCGAACUCUACCAUCGGAUUGGUCGAAUUUAACGGGACCGCUCGCCGCAGCCGGCAGUCUUGAGCGCCAAGCAAAGCGACCAAAACCGAAUGCGACGAGAAAAAAUUUUUAUUACACUCUCACUCUUGCUAUACGGCGGUCGUGUUCGUAUAGUGUUGUGACUUGUUUUUCAAUAUUGUAUUUUUCUAUUCGUUUCAAUAGUACAUCAUGCCACCCAAGACUAGCGGAAAGGCCGCUAAGAAAUCUGGCAAGGCCCAGAAGAACAUUUCCAAAUCGGACAAGAGAAAGAAGAAGCACAAGAGGAAGGAGAGCUAUGCCAUUUACAUCUACAAGGUGCUCAAGCAGGUCCACCCCGACACCGGUAUCUCCAGUAAGGCUAUGUCGAUCAUGAACUCGUUCGUGAACGACAUAUUCGAACGCAUCGCUGCAGAGGCUUCCCGUCUCGCCCACUACAACAAGAGGUCGACGAUCACCUCCAGGGAGGUGCAGACUUCGGUGAGGCUUUUGCUGCCCGGAGAGCUGGCCAAGCACGCAGUCAGUGAAGGCACCAAAGCUGUCACCAAGUACACCAGCUCGAAGUGAGAGAGUCUCACGUCGUAUUUCAACGAUGUUUAUUGAACAAAAGGCCCUUUUCAGGGCCACAAAAAGAUUCCUUGAUUCAUUUAAUAAGUGUUGUUGUACAAAAUUAUUAUUAUUUUAUAUAACUUACGUACCGAACCGUACGUACGUACCUACCUACCUACCUACCUACCUAUCUAUCUAUCUAUCUUCCCGCCGCAGUAACUUUCUAACUGGUACUUUGUACAUACUUAAUACCUACCUAAUACCUACUUAAUAAUGGAUAAUAUUUUAUCAAUGUAAAGAGAAAAAAAAAAAAAAAGUAAUAAUAAUAAUAAUUAAAAGAAAGCGACGUUGCAUGUUUGCGCAUCACAGUUGCCGGGCAUGCAACGUCACAUUUUACAUCAAAUAAAUAUUGGUUUUUAAGAUAACUACCAACUUGCAUUUCGCAAAUUAUUAACCUAGCGGUAUGAUCGGCAUCAGAUACCGAUCGAUCGUGAUGAGACAGUCGGGUAUAUCUCCCGGUAACCUAAAGGUGAUUAAAAUGAGUGUAUAAAAAGUAAUAAAGUAGGUACAUAAAGUACACAAAAUCAUUAUUUUUGAUGUAAAUAGUUGAGUAGUUAAGUUCGUGUGACGUGCGAAGCGUUCGG